AUGUACACUGAAACAGAUUUACGUCAACAGAUCGAGACUACAAUUCCAAACGUGUAUAAUUGUAUUGUGACGGAUUUAUCUUAUGGUUGUGGUCAAUCAUUUGAUGUAGUAGUAGUAAGUAAUGAAUUCAUUGGGAAAAAUAAAUUACAAAGAUCCAGGUUAGUUAAUAAUGCUUUACGAGAAGAAUUAAAGCAGAUUCAUGCCUUUAGUUGUAAAUGCUAUUCAGAAGAAGAAUGGUCUAAGAUUGUCAUUUGA